AUGUACGCGUCGCCCACUUGGGAGGCUGGGGCCAGCGGCUGGGUGCCAGGUGCCGUGCCCUCAGCCCCCGGCCCUGUCUGCCCUGCAGGUAACCUGGAUGCUGAGGCCGGGGCUGCCGAGCGCACCGUGGAAGACGUUUUCAUCCGCAAAUUCAUCUACGGCACCUUCCACGGCUGCCUGGCCAACGAGAUCGUGCUGAAGCGCCGGGCCAACGUGCUGAUCAUCUGCGCCGUCUUCCUGCAGCGCCUGCCGCCCUACAAGUUCUACUUCCUGGUGGGCUACACCGAGUGCCCCGUGCGGCUGGAAGUGCAGCCCCAGCCCGAGAAGGUCGUUUACAAAUACCUGUAGCGCUGCCCUGGACGGGGCCCCAGACCUGUGCCCGUCUGUGCACUGGGGCUCCCAUACCCGGCCACCUGCUCCCGUCUCUGCUGGACCGACCCAGCAGGCCCUGGACACAGACUGGUGCUGUGGGCGCUGGCACCCGUGUCACUGCGGCCCAGCCAUGGGAAUAAAAGGAAUCUGGCCCCAG